GUGCCCACCUGGACUGGAUUUAAGUCAGAAGAGAAGGAAGAUGUGAGUAUUCAUUUAACGUCUCUGCGAAGCCUGUAACCCCACACCGGCUCUUCGAAGAAGCAUUAUCUCUGUUUUACGGAUGAGAAAACUGAGGUUUGAUAACUUGCCCCAAAUCCUAUAAUAAAUAGAGGCGGAGUUUGGAUUCAAAUUCUGUCUGAAUCUAAAACCCUUUUUCUGUCUUACCAUAUUUCCUGGAAUCUGCCCAGGCAGUCCUCAUUCCUUCCUCAUUCCCUGUCUGAGUUUGGCAGGAUGAAUCUCCUAUUUACAGUCUUUCUCAGGAUUUCUCUUUUCCUAGUCUGAGACUACUGAUGGACUAAAACGGAGUCUAUGUAAGAGUACCUUUGGGAAGACUGGGAACCUUCCGAGCUUUAAUCUGUGAAUGUUUAUCCAGGAAUCAGGAAAGCCAGGGGACCUAUGCCUAGGUUGACUUGUAAGUUGGUUGUCCCAUCUCCAGAGGCCCUGUAUGGACUGGAGGAGAGUACAGUUCACAAGGGGCCCCAAGUUUCGGGCAACACCUCCACCUGCUUUAGGUAAACCAUUUAAUCUCACUGAAACAUGGAACUACGCAUACCUGUCUUUGCAUAUCCAACAGGGGCUAAGAUCCAGUGAGACACCGUGCUGUUCCUUGAUAUGAUCAGAUGAGGCAACAGAUGGGAAAACAGUUUGAAAACUGCAAAGCAUUUUUUUUUUUUCCAGCACGAAUGUAAGCUGGUAUUUGUUUUCAUUGUUAUCAUUCCCUUUCAGCAGAGCCCUCUCCCAGGGAAAGCCCUUACAGUAGGGGCUCCUAAUAAUGACUGAGGUUUGAGAACAGCCAGAAGGCAAGCAACAUGAAGCCUUUUAAAGCAAACCAGAGGAAGUCCAGUCUCUAUUUAUUUUAUGAAGUUAGCGGCUGGAUAUGUUAAGCAAAUGUUUUCUUAAUUGUGGCAGUACAAGAAAACAAUAGGGCAAGGGUUGCUGGGGAUGGCGGGGGGCGGGUAUCAGGCCUCUAUCCCCCGGCCCCCCACCACCAAAUCCCCAGAGAAAGACAGGAAAAAAUUAAAGACAGGCCUUUUCUUUUCGUGGUCACAUGUCUGCCCUGCUGCUGUAAUAUAAGAACCUGUGCCAAUUAGAAACGUUUUACCUCCUCCUCCCUGCCCCUCCCCGGGCACAUUUCAGAGCAGUCCGGGUUGUGGACGCCAGGAGUUUGCCAAACACAGCAAACACUGGUGUGUGAGCGGCUGAAGGAGACUCUUUCCACUCCGAUCUCCCUCCCUCCCAGCCUGUUUUGAUUUACUAGGACUUCCUCCUCCGGGCGAGGCGGGGGAAGGACGCCGCCGAGCGCCUGGAGUUGUGCGCGUGUGCGUGUGCGAGUGUGAAGUGCAGCGCUGGAGUGCAACAUGCUGUAAUGGGAGGAAACCCAGCGGCGUCGGAGCGCCCUGGACCGCCGCGGCCGUUCUGAGCGCAGUGGCGCCGAGCAGCCCCUCCCGCAGCCGGUGUGACCUGUCCCUUCAGGCUCCAACCAGGAAUGGAGACGCCAUUGGAUGUUUUGUCCAGGGCAGCAUCUCUGGUGCAUGCUGAUGACGAAAAACGUGAAGCUGCUCUCAGGGGAGAACCCAGAAUGCAGACCCUGCCGGUGGCCUCUGCCCUCAGCAGUCACCGCACCGGCCCUCCCCCAAUCAGCCCCAGCAAGAGGAAGUUCAGCAUGGAGCCAGGUGACGAGGACCUAGACUGUGACAACGACCACGUCUCCAAGAUGAGUCGCAUCUUCAACCCCCAUCUGAACAAGACUGCCAAUGGAGACUGCCGCAAAGACCCCCGGGAGCGGAGCCGCAGCCCCAUCGAGCGUGCCGUGGCCCCCACCAUGAGCCUGCACGGCAGCCACCUGUACACCUCCCUCCCCAGCCUUGGCCUGGAGCAGCCCCUCGCACUGACCAAGAACAGCCUGGACGCCAGCAGGCCAGCCGGCCUCUCGCCCACACUGACCCCGGGGGAGCGGCAGCAGAACCGGCCCUCCGUGAUCACCUGUGCCUCGGCUGGCGCCCGCAACUGCAACCUCUCGCACUGCCCCAUCGCGCACAGCGGCUGUGCCGCGCCCGGGCCUGCCAGCUACCGGAGGCCACCGAGCGCUGCCACCACCUGUGACCCUGUGGUGGAGGAGCAUUUCCGCAGGAGCCUGGGCAAGAAUUACAAGGAGCCCGAGCCAGCACCCAACUCUGUGUCCAUCACGGGCUCUGUGGACGACCACUUUGCCAAAGCUCUGGGUGACACGUGGCUCCAGAUCAAAGCGGCCAAGGACGGAGCAUCCAGCAGCCCUGAGUCCGCCUCUCGCAGGGGCCAGCCCGCCAGCCCCUCUGCCCACAUGGUCAGCCACAGUCACUCCCCCUCUGUGGUCUCCUGAAGGGAGCGCCUCCUCCAACACCACGUGGAUCUGCAUGGUUUGCCUGAGCUUUGAACAGUCAGUACUUAAAAAAAAAAAAAAAAAAAAAAAAUGGGGGUGGGGUGGGGGGAAGGGAAGGGAUGGUUUAUUCGCAAAAACCAUGUUGUUGGGAUUUGUGUUCUGUUUUUGUACUUGCUUGGUAUCCGUACAAGGGGGCCCUCAAACAUGAUAGCAGGAACUACACGUGGAACAUCUGUCUAAUGUAGCAUCCUUACUUCCUGCCUCAGUUACCAAAGAAACCUCUGAUGCAGGUCUGCUGCCCCGACGGGGCCAGGACUCCACAGCGCUUUCUCAGUCACAAGCCAUGAUGAAUUGGUGACUCUCAGUCACAAGCCAUGAUGAAUUGGUGACUCAGACGCUUUGUGCUUUUUCCUUUGCUUCUUGAGACCGGGGUGUGUGUGGCUCAGCUUCCACGGCGUGUUUGCUUCGGUCCGUGUGUGUGCGUGUGUAUACUUGAAGAGAACUGUCGUGUCUGAUUUGCACUAUUGGAGGAGGACUAAAGUUGCCUGACAACUUUACGUGUGAUGCCAGAACUCUGAGGGCAAACUGCUGAAAAACAAAGGGUUUAAGGAUGACAUUUCUGACCAUUUGUGUGUUUGUUGUUGUUACUGUUUUUGUUUUUUUUAAUCUAGACAAUACAGCUUUGGAAGGGGAAGUCUCAUACAGGUUAUAGGUCUUUCUCUCUCUAGAUUUCAGGUGCUUGCAACUGGACUGCAGACUCUACCAAUCACGGGCAUUUUAUCUUCUCUGAACACUGCAGUUUGUUAGACUAGAGCUGAGGUUGGAGGAUUCCAUAGUGCUUUAAACGUGAUGCAUGUUUUAAUGGAGAAAAAAUAGCUGGUUUCUAUUAAUUAUAUAGACAGUAAACAAAAACCUUAAUACUUACUAUCUUCUUUUCAGAAUUAGUUUAUUUUUGUCAGUUACAGUCCUAGAUAUACUUACUGCUGGUACAGUUGUACUCUAAGAUUUGUAUUUGAUAUUCACUUUACUCACAAGUAGUGCGGGAGGCCAGCUCCUGGCAGGGCCUCGCGAUGAACAGUGGGUCAGCUGCGGUGUGGGUGCUGGAGUUUGGCUGCAGGCUGACAUCAAAGCUGACAUCACUUAUUUCUGCAUCCCUGUCUGCUUUGUUACAAGCUCCCAGGGGAGGUGGGGGUUUGUGUCUUCCAACUUCCCUACAUGCAGAAACUGCUCCCUUUGAACUCUCUUGGCUGAACAGCAGAUUACUGACAAUCUGUGAUAUGGUGUUUUAUACGCUUCCUCGUACGCUGGGGCCAAGGCAGUAUACAUUCCUCUGACUUUAUACUGCAUUUAUUACUGCAUUUAUUAUUUGCUAUAUUAAUAGCUACUAACUAGAAAUUAGAUGAAGCAAGCAUGACAGACACAGCUGUGGAGGUCACAGCUGCUCCUUUUUGGUCAAUGAGCGUUUCUAUCCCCUCCCCCUGGGGUGUGCUGUGUCCCACCAGAGGCUCACGACGUUGGCACCUGACCAGGUGGCGUGGUCGCCUCACCUGCAAGGCUUUGUGGACUCUGCACACUGUACGACCUCUGGUUUUACAGUUUACCUGUUGAAUUUUGGAAAUUGGCACUGGGUUGAAAGGUCGGAGGACUGGCUCUUGUAGUCACAGAGUGGCUGCAGGCCUUCGAAAAGUGGAGGAAAGAAAAGCCCUUCUCCUUGCCCCGCACACAUUUCACUCCCACUGUACUGGGCUUCCAAGCUUUGGCAUUCAGGCCCCUAUAUUUUCUGUAGGAAAAAUCGUUGAGAACACUUUUCUAUAUGGGUGAUUUUGAGACCAUCGUUACGCUGUGCGUAAAGAAUGUACAGAGAAAUUUGUAGGUAUUUUUUGAAGAACAUUAAUUUGUUAAUGAUAUGUAGCUAUUUAAUUUUUCCCUUUCCUAUUGUAAUCAUUCAUUUUUUUUGUCGUUUGGAAAAAAAAAAGUUGAUCUUUUUUUUGUCGUAGAUUUGUCUGUAAAAGUGCAGGAACACAGUUAUUCUAUGAGAACACUGCAUCUGCAUUCAUAGCCACGAGUUUGUUAUUGCUACAGGCUACUGAGCGUCGUAACAGGAAAACCACCCACUGCUGACCGGCUCGGUGGAGGACACUCCUGGGACAGGUCUCUUUGUCAGUGAACAAGGGUGUCACUCUGGGAGGGGUCGGCGGUGCUGGCGGCCGGGUCCCUGGUGCACUGACCUAUCUGGGAUAGGCAGUACCCUGGAGGGGGGCCUGGGGCAGAGGAGGCAGCAGAAAACCAAACAUUUCACUGAGAAAGAGCCCCCUCCCUGCUCUAAGAAGGGGCUCCGUGAAGUUCUUCCCAGAGCCGCGCUGCCUGCAGUGCGCUCUGACCUUCUCUUCGUGUGUGUAAAUCUGUAAUAUACCAUUCUCUGUGGCCUGUUUUUCCUGGAAGAAGAAAAAAAAAGGUUUGGCAGGCCAUCUUUUUUUGUACUUAAAAGUAGCCUUAAGAACAAUAAUAAAGUGCUCUUAAACCA